UAAAUUUUAGAGAUACUGCUUUGACUAAGAAUUUUUCUAUUUUUUUUUCUUGCCAGUAUGCUCUAAGUCUAUCCUUGAUUUGUUCCCUGUACUAAGGGUCCCUAAUAUCUGGUUUGAUCCUGGCAAAACUACAGUUACAAAAAUUUGCAUGACUAUCUGUGAUAAUGUCUCACAAUUGCUAAGGUCAAAAAAAUUUUUAAGAGCUCUGUUUCAACUCCCUUACUUUACUGAUCAACAAAUUUGAGGCAAGGGAAUGUAGUUCCUACAGGUGGCCACAUCAAGCCUGGCACUAAUAUCCCAGGUCUCUUAACUUCUAAUCCUGGGGUCCCUUAUUGGCAUCACAUUAUGCAACAUUACUUUUGAUGAUAUUUUCCAAAAUUACUGCUGGUGUAAUUUUAACAAAAACUUGAUACUUUGGGAGAAAGGGUUUGAGGGCGAAUAAACCUCUGAAAAAUAAGGGACACUGAAUUGACAAGAAUUGAAAGGUGUUAGCUUUUAGGAUUAAAUAUUUCUGCUCCCUGGUACUAUUUUUGGGCUUCCUAAAUCCAUCAUUCCUUUUCUUCAAAAUGAUGUAUGGCAGGACCUUGUCUCUGGAGCCUUCGUUUUCAUCACAAAUAAAUCAACCACAUUCUGCCCCAUUUACUCUUCUCCACAGACUGAACUCCAAACCUCUGGGGCCAGAGGAUCUCCAAUUUAAGCUAGGAGCGCAGCUCUCUGGGUCCGCAUUUAAAUCUCAGUUGCUAGGGCCAGAAACACUCCCAAAAUUGAGGGAUGAGUUGUAGGAGAUGGCAAGAAAACCCCUCGGAGCCUGCGCCACAUCCCGGGGCCUUUGAGAGGUCCUGAGUGUUACAAUACCACACACGCAAUUCAGGACCCACCUUCCUGCACCUGGAGACCAAUGUCUGUCCCAGGCUCCAACUGGCGUGGCUCUGCCCUGUGCGUGACGUAUGACGUCACGCGUUUGGCACGUGCCACCAGAUCUGCAAGGACUAUCCCAGAGGCUCGUAGUUACACGUGUUUGGAAGUGGGAGGAGGUGGGCCUUAUGCUAUUGGUUUUUCAUUUCCAAGUGGGAGGCUGCUGGUGGAGGGCAGAGGCUGCAGCCUUCUGGUCUGGGCGGGCCUGGGACAGAUGCGUUAGUAGCGGCCGAGCUGGAGCUCCGAGCUCCGAGGGCAAGGAGGCAGCCUGCACCUGGCACCUGCACCAGCACCUGCGCGGAGCGCACCGCACCCUCCUUCGGACGGCGCACUUCCAGGAGAGCUGGCCUAGGUGGAAGAAUCUAUCAAGAUAUGUAGCUGCUCAAAAACCCUUAUUGGACAAUGAUAACUACAGAUUUGAUGAACGAUAUAAAAGAGAACCCAUGCGAAACCCAUCCAAAAUCAGAAUGGCUGUUGCUCUAGCGAAGAUCAACCGAGGAACAUUAAUUCAAGGAUUAAGCAGCAUAUCCAGAUCUUCCAAAUCAGUGGCCAAACUUCUGCAGCCUCAACUUGCUUGUAGACUUUUAGAAUUAAGGGACAUAUCGCAUCGUUUGCUGAGGGAGCUUAAUGCACAAAAGCAACCCGUAUGUAACAUGCAGACUCCAUUCCCGGACUGACUUUUCCCUUCAUGGCUACAAGGUGAUUUGCAGCUUUCCCAGGACUCCCAUCCUUCCAGGUUCAAUUAGAGCAGCAAAGAAUGAAAGUUCUUGACCCAACAUUCCUGGACAAGUCCUGAGUUUCACUCUUGGAGGUGGGCUUACCUCUAAACCAGGGAAAUGGGAUGCACUGACUGGCCUAGGACUUGAUUGCCUAUUUUUUCUCUGCAGUGGAGGUUGGAGCUCCAUCCAGAUCACAUGACCAGAGAAUGGGGGAAAGGAUGAAUCAUCAAACAAAAUUUGGGCUCUUUUGAAAAGAUGAGCGAGCAAAUGGAUGAUGGAUUGUUAGAAUCAACACAAUAUCCAUUACAUAGGAAUCUCUCUUUAAUCAAAGAUUUUAACAUUUUCAGAAAUAACUGGAUAGUUCAAUUAUGAAUUGCUUGAGAUAGCAAUUAUAAAAAGCUCCCUUAUAAUACCUGAUGUUUGAGAAAGUAAAAAAUGCUUUGUGUUUGUUAACUACUGGUUUCUCUAAGUAUUCCUGUAUCUUUAGGUUGUCAGAAAGAAAUGUCGCUGAGCUGUAUAAUUGACAUAAGAAGUGUUCUUUGAAGAAUAUUUCUGUAUUUAUUAUGAAAUCACAUUUAAAGACACUAUCCAUUAUGUUAUUUAAUCUUUCUUUUUGCUCCUCUUUGGUAAGUUAGAACUGAAGAAGAAUCUGUGAUUUUACACUCUUUUGAAACUAACAAAUUAGCCUGCCACAGGUAUACACACACACACACACACACACACACACACACACACACAUACACACACACGCACACACACUGACCGACAGACACACAAGACUCCCUUGAAUCAGGGACAGAGAUUGUUUAUUGUCUACUGCAAAAGCAGCAGCCAGAGCAAUGUCUUGUGUCAUUCCCAUACCCCCUCAGUUCCCUCAGGACAAUGUGAUGAGAGCCACAUGAUACCUAUGCAUAUAGUGAGUCGCAUCACAGGAGAAGAGCCUGAAAUUAGGAGACUCAGCUUUUAUAGGAGUGUUGGUGGGGCACCUGAGUGGCUCAGUCAAUUAGGCAUCCAAAUCUUGGUUUUGGGGUUGUGAUAUCACAGUUGGUGGGUUUGAGCCCCAAGCAGAGGCUGCUUGGGAU